AUGGAGAACAAAGGAACCACACCCACAGAGACCCAAAUUGAUGUUGAAGGUAAAAAAGAAUAUGAGCGUCAAAGACAAUUACUUGAAGGUGUUCAAACUCAAAUUAGAACAAUUACCCAAAUGAUUGCUGAAGAAAGUACACGUUUAAACUUACUUCAAGAACAAAUGACAAAAAAAAUUGAAGAAAUUCAUUCAUUAGUUGAUGCUCAUCCUUUAAAUUCAACAACAAAGCCUGAAGAUGAAUCAGAAGAAGAAGGAUAUGAUGACGAUGAUAGUUGGGAUAAUGAUGAUAUUAUUUGGGAUUAUCCUAUUAGUCAAUUAGAACAAUUUAAACCACAAGCCACUGAAGAAAAUAGUCAAGAAAAAAAACCUAAGUUAUUACAAGAAAGAUAA